UAGAAAAUGAUUGAUAAUAAGAGUAAAGAUCACAAGGCAGACUUUGACUCCUUGAUGAAUUUUUUGUCUCAUCAGAAGAAAGAGCGACUGCAAACACAUCAAAGCACAAGAGUAAAUUCUCAACUGAGAGGGGCUCAAAAGAAACAGGUGGUUAAAAAGAGGCCUGUGACCAACAAACCAUGGAGGAGACCCAAAGUAUGGGUGAACGAGUUCAAUAAAUAUCCUGAUGCCAUCAAAUGAAAGGACUUAACUCCUCAAGAAAUCUACAAAAUUAACCUGAUCAAGAGAACUUAUGAAAUCGGAGCUGAUAAAAUCCAGAAAGACAAGUCAAUUAAGGAACCGAUGAUGACCAAGAUGGGCAAAGACAUGAUGGAUAGGAAGAAAAAGGAAAACUUAAAGUAUGCUGAAACCGUCAGAGAGAAAGAGAUGUUCGAGUGGAGAAACAGGAGAAGACUCAUAGCUACAGGCAAAGCUACACAGUAUAGACAUGGAGCCUGGGUUCCAAAUAUGAAGCCACAAGAAGAAUUUGAUCAUAAAACUGUGGAUAGAGUUCAUUACAGGAAGAGAACUCUUGGGAAAAUCAAUGAUCAACCUUUACAGCAGAACAAGUUCAAAGUAGGUAUUCCUCACAGAUACGUUGGUUAAAAGCCUGUUACAGCAUUGAGCAUGCUAAGAAUUAUUCGAUACAAUUCAAUU